AUGCGAUUGACAAUGGCUAAUGUUAAUACUCAUUCAAAUAUUGAUAUAUUACCACAAAGUGAAACAGCAAGUUAUACAUCAAUGAAUUCAUCAACACCAUCAUCGGUAACAACAAGUAGAAGUGAUGGAAGUGGAUCAACAAAUUUUCAUAUUGAUUUUAAUGAAUCAAUUUUACAAGUUCAUAAACGUUCGCCACUUUAUAUUAUCGGCGAUCGAGCUCAACGUUGCGUAAGUUUAUAUCGAUGUAAUACAAUAAAUACUUGGGAUUAUAUAACAAAAGUGAAUCGAGAAUCUGUAAGAUAUUAUAAUUUUCUUUAUUCACCAUCAAAUGAUAAUUAUGUUCUUCGUUCAGCAUAUAAAAUGUGUUCAUUUGAUAUAUGGAAUUUUUAUUUAAAUGACACAUUCGAAAUGGGCUGUCCAUGUAAUCUUGAUAUAGCAUUAGCAAAACAUUAUGAAUAUUUAAAUAAUGCUGAAUCAAGACAACGUAGUAAAUGUAUAUCAGCUGUAUAUGAUGAUAUCAAUAUUUGUCUAUCAGAUUUUUUUAACGAAAUAGUUAGUCAUCGAUAUUACGAUACAAGUGAUGAUCAAACAGCAAAAGGUGUUAUUCUUUUAGCUGAUGUUGUAGAAAUUCUUCCUUGUACUAGUCAAUUUUCAAAUGCAUUACGAUGA